AUGCUGGCGCAGCUGGAGGCGGAGUUCCCCGCGGAGACGGAGGAUGGCACGAAGAAUCGUGAGGCCGUCCUCCAGGAGAUUCAGCAGAUGGUGUCGGACUGGCUGACCGGUCUCCUAAUGGAGGGCGGUGCCUCCGAUGAAGAGGCCCGGAGGUCAAGCAUAGCGAUCACGACGCUGGGCUCCUACAGGCUGGGCGUGGUGCAUCCGGGCAGCGACAUCGACACCCUCUGUAUCGCUCCCCCAAAUGUGCGCCGCGAGGACUUCUUUGCCACCUUCUUCGAGCGGCUCAACAGGCACGAGCACGUGACGGAGUGCGUGCCCAUCCCCGACGCGUACACCCCCAUCAUCAAGCUCAAGAUGCGCGGCGUGUGCAUCGACCUGCUCUUCGCCCGCCUGGCGCGCACGCCGGAGGCGAGGCUGCGCGGCGGGGUGGUGAACCUCGACACCUGCAGGGAGGACGACGCCCUGAAGGACAUGGACGAGAAGAGCGUCCGGUGCCUGAACGGAUUCCGGGUGGCGGACCUCAUCCUGCGGCUGGUGCCAAACCAUGAGACGUUCAGGCGGACCCUCCGAUUCAUCAAGUACUGGGCUCGUCGCCGGGGCAUCUACUCCAACAUACUGGGCUUCUUCGGCGGGAUCACGUGGUCGCUUCUCGUGGCCCGCGUCUGCCAGCUGUACCCCCACUACUCCCCCAGCCAGCUCACGCACAGGUUCUUCCGCCUCUGGGCCCAGUGGGACUGGAGGAAGCCUGUCCUGCUAUGCGAGAUCACGGAUCCUGCGAAUGUUCCUGGGAUGACUGAGUUCAAGGUGUGGAACCCGAAGACCAACCCCGCGGACCGCCAGCACCUGAUGCCCGUCAUCACGCCCGCCUUCCCUUCAAUGAACUCGACCUACAACGUGACGGAGACGACCAAGCGCAUCAUGCUAGAGGAGUUCAAACGGGGCUACGAGACGAUGAAAAACGUCGAGGCGCGGAAGGCCACGUGGUCGCAAGUCACGGAACCCUUCCCGUUCUUCACCCGCUUCGGCCACUUCCUGUGGCUGGAGGUCCUGGCCAAGACGGACGAGGCCUACACGAAGUUCAGCGGCUUCGUGGAGAGCAAGCUGCGCUUCCUAGUCAUGGAGCUGGAGGCCGCCACAGGCAUGAUCACUUCUGUUGUCCACCCGAACCCGGUGCAGUACGACUUGUGCGGCACCGACCCCGUCUGGCCCCAGGGCUGCGGCAUGUUCGUGGGCUUCUGCUUCUCGCGGGAGCAGGGCGCCGUCCCAGGCCAGACCGUGGACCUCCGGCGAGCCUUAACCCAGUUCGCGGAGCUGGUCACGCAGUGGACCGAGAAGGACCACUACCACGGGCAGAUCAGGUGCCGGCUCAAGAGGAUCAGCAGGGCGGAGCUGCCGCUCUACGCGGUGGACCCGCGCGCGGCGGCGAGGAGGCGGCCCAGGGAGGGCGCCGGGGGCGCCGCCGAACCGGCGGGAAAGCGGCCGAGGGAGGCCGCCAGGGCCGUCGCGGAGGCGUCCCGCAGGAUUCCCGCGAGGGCAGACGGCAGAUGA